AACGCACAUCGCCAUAAACCCUAGGUGCCGCAGCCUUGUAAUCACUACACGAAUUCUCUCUACCUCCGAAGGAAAAAUCAAACCAGAGAAGCUGCACCAUGUCUAAGCGAAAAGUUAGAGAGCCAAAGGAAGAAAAUGUCACUCUUGGACCUGCUACCCGAGAUGGAGAGCUUGUAUUUGGUGUGGCGCAUAUCUUUGCAUCUUUCAAUGACACUUUCAUUCAUGUGACUGAUAUCUCUGGAAGAGAAACCAUGGUUCGGAUUACUGGUGGGAUGAAGGUGAAAGCUGAUAGAGAUGAGUCAUCUCCCUAUGCUGCUAUGCUUGCUGCACAAGAUGUUUCCCAGAGAUGCAAGGAACUUGGCAUCAAUGCUCUUCACAUAAAGUUGAGGGCAACUGGAGGCAACAAGACCAAGACACCUGGUCCAGGUGCCCAGUCUGCCCUUAGGGCUCUUGCUCGUUCUGGCAUGAAAAUUGGACGAAUUGAGGAUGUGACUCCAAUUCCAACUGAUAGCACACGCCGAAAGGGUGGUAGAAGAGGAAGAAGGCUGUGAUUGGUUGGUUUAUUGUGGUCUAAUCAUAUUUCCAUUUUUGAAUUAUUGUUAUUUCGAUGUUUUGACAACAUUGUUUAGGAUCUCUUUGUGUUUUGGCAGACAUUUUUGGUUUUAUUGUCUUUUAUGAAUGGAUGAUGUUUGGGUGACAUGCUUGUUUUGUUAUCAUUAUCUAUACAUUUGCUAGCCAUUAUCUAUAUAUACUUCUG